AUGGCAUCUCUACCUUAAUAAUUAAAAGAUCUCUUAAAAUAGAUUGACUUAUUUAGUAUACCAGUUCCUGUAUUAACAAAUGAUUCAAAAUCAUAAUAUUCAAGUUUUUACAGUGGACUUAUCUCAAUUUUGGCUUCACUACUUAGUUUAGCCUAUUUUGCUUAUGUUAUUUAAGAAUGGGUUAAUGGUAAUAUACUUCCUACAAUUACAAGCAAUUAAUAAGCCAUGGCAUAUACAGAAUAAGAAAUGGAAGAAAACUUUAUUUAAUUCAAAUUAACAGAUCCAUCUAAUCAUGAUCCUUUUACAAGAAAAAACAAUAUAAUAACUCCAUUGUUAUUUGUUGUUGAGAAUUUUUAAAUUGUUAGUGCUCCUUAACCUUUAUUUAGUGAUGAAAAUAAACCAUUUACAAUAGGAUUAAAAAAAGGAACUUUAGUUGUUAAUAAUUUAAAUAAUUAAAAUGAAGGUGAAUCAUUUAAACCACAAAAAAAUUAUUUAUUAAUAUUUAUUGAAUGUUUGGAAUAAUAUUUAGAUUCAAAUAGUACUUGUGCCAAUAAAUAAGAAAUAGAUUAAUAUAUGUCGGAGUAUCAUGGAUUUUUAUCAAUUAUUAUGAAAUUGGAACAAUAUAGUUUUAAAAAAGAUCAAAUAGAAUAAAUAACAAAGUAAGCUUAUCAAGCACUUUCUCCUACCUAUAUUUAAUAUACUUAAAUUGCAAUUUAAUAAAAAGAAAUUAAUCUUGAUAAUGGUCUAUUAUUUUAAAAUUAAAUUACUUAUAAAUUAAUCAAUGAUUUCUACUUAAUUAAUUAAUCGAUAGAUAAUAAAUAUAUAUAAAAUAUUGCUUCAUCAUUUUCAACUUAGAAAUUUGAAUUAAGUGCUAUUUUUACAUAUUAGAUAAGCAUUGAUAAUUUGUAAAUUUCAGAAAGAAUUAUUAUGCCAAAACUAAGUGCAGUUUUGGCUUAUAUAGGAUCAAUUGUUUAAGUUAUAUUUAUGUUAAAGUAUUUAGCAAUUUAUAUCAAUAAUCAAUAAUUUAAAUAAGAGAUGUAAACUGAAAUUCUUCAUAUGUACUACCCAAAUUUAAGAAAUAUCAUUAUAAAUAGAAACUUCUUUGGUUAGAUAAUAUCCACUAAUUAAACAAAUGAAGGUAAUUAAAAUGAAAACUUUAUAAAAUAAUAUUAGGGACAUCUUGAUUUAGCAUUUAGAAAGCUUCGGCUGAUAAAUAUUAUUUAUGAAUUAUCUAGAAUUGAAUUAUUGAUGGAAAAAAAUUUUGGUCUUGAAAAUGUAAGUAUGUGUAAUUAAUUGGGAACAGAAUUUUAAUUUAAUAAUUAUGAUAAAAAAAAUGAAUCUUUAAGAGCAUCCAUUUUAUCUGCAGGGAAUUAAGGACAUUAACAUUAAGAUGAUAUCUUUACAAUAUUUAAUAAAUCUUGA